AUGCCCAUCAUACCUGAGUUAUUGUCACUUCUGCUUUUUCAUGAGGUAGUCUCCAAUAUACCUUUCAAUAUAAGUACGGAUGUUAUUAAACAACUUCUUCCAUUGGGUGACAUAUUCUCAAAAGUCAUUCUCUUGCUCCAGGAAGCAGCUUUGCGCUUCGUAGAUUCAUCCUUGAGGACAUCUGAGUUCGACCCAUCAAUAUUUUCAUCAACUUUUACUCAGCUUAUGUGGAAUAAAAUGCUAGCAAAAAAGGAAACUACAAAUAUGUUUGGGAAUAGAUUUGCAUGUGAUGGAGAUAAGAAUCUGUAUACAGUAGGGCCUCUUCCACAGAACAAUUUUGAGUUCACGGUGGUUCUUCAGGAAUCCUUUCCAGAGCAUGGGAGUCCUCCUCACAAUGGGAGCCCAGUGAGUCUGGUAAAAGGUCAAAGCAUUCUUUACAAAAAAACUUUUAAAGUCAAGAUCUGCUAUGCUGCUGAAAUACCUUUGAAGUCCAUUUCUCUUUCCCUCCAAAGAGCUGAUCCGGACAAUGUUCAAGAUGCGCUAAGGGUGCUUGAUGUUAUAUUAAGACAGCAAGCACCUAAUUGGUACUUGGAAAUUUCUCCUUUCAAGGUGUCUUUUGAGGCCAAAAGAAUGCUAAAAAACUUAAGAAAUAAGACAAGGCACAACAAGAAGGAGUUCAAGAUCAAAGGUUUAAGUAACAAGCCUUGCAAUCAGCUAUUCAUUUCAAUUGAGAAACAGCUCACCCAAGGUGAUGGUCGGGUCCUAGAGGCACCCAAGGUAGAGGUUGACUUUCUUGACCCGGUUUAG